AAUCAAGGUCACGAGCGCGCCGGAAGUGCUGCGUCGCUUCGGUGCCGGCUGAGAGGAAGCCGUAUGAGACGAGCGUCGGAGGGAGAGCAUCUCCGGCUGCCGGGGCGGGGGUCUUUUCCGGCGGCCUGCGCACCAUGGCCUCAUCCGGAGAGGAUGUCACAAGUGAGGAGAACCAGGAGGAGAAUAUCGGCAUGAACCUAAUGGAGUUUUCAGAUGAGAUCCUCUUACACAUCUUGCGAUACACUCCUGUGUCAGAUCUUGUCUUGAAUGUCCGGCGUGUCUGUCGGAAACUUUCCGUCCUCAGUCUUGACAAAAGCCUCACUCACACUGUGAUCCUGCAUAAAGAUUAUCAGGUGGACAGAGACAAGGUGAAGCAGCUGAUGAAGGAGAUUGGGAAGGAGAUCCAUGAGCUGGACAUGACUGGCUGUUACUGGUUGCCUGGCUCGACCGUUGAUCAAGUGACCCGCUGCAAGAACCUGGUGAAGCUAAGCUUGUCCGGCUGCCACCUCACCUCCCUUCGCCUCUCAAAGAUGCUCUCCACCUUGCAGCACCUUCGCUCGCUGGCCAUCGACGUGAAUCCGGGGUUCGACGCCUCCCACCUGAGCAGCGAGUGUAAAGCCACCCUGAGCCGCGUGCUGGAGCUCAAGCAGACCCUCUACACGCCGUCCUACGGGGUGGUUCCCUGCUGCACCAGCCUGGAGAAGCUGCUGCUGUACUUUGAGAUCCUCGACCGGUCGCGGGAGGGUUUAAUAAUCUCCGGACAGCUAAUGGUGGGCGAGAGCAACGUACCCCAUUACCAGAACCUCCGGGUCUUUUAUGCUCGGCUGGCUCCCGGCCCGGUCAACCAGGAGGUGGUGAGGCUGUACUUGGCGGUGCUGAGCGAUCGGACACCAGAGAAGCUUCACGCCUUCCUCAUCUCCGCCCCUGGGGGCUUUGCCCAGAGCUGUGCCGUUAAAAACCUCUUGGAUUCCAUGGCCAGGAACGUGACUUUGGACGCCCUGCAGCUCCCUCGAUCCUGGAUGAACGGCUCCAGCCUCUUGCAGCACUUAAGGUUCAGCAACCCUUUUUAUUUCAGCUUCAGCCGCUGCAGUUUGUCCGGCGGGCAGCUCGUCCAGAGGGUCCUGAACAGCGGCAAAGACCUCCGCACUUUGGUCAGCCUGAACCUGAGCGGCUGCGUCCACUGCCUGUCCCCCGAUUCCUUACUGCGGAAGGCGGAAGACGACAUUGACAGCGGCAUUGUGGAGGCCCUUGUCACCACCUGCUGCAACCUGAAGCAUUUGAACCUCUCUGCCGCCCACCACCACAGUGCCGAAGGCCUGGGGAAACAUUUGUGCCAGGUCCUGGCUCGCCUGAAAGGCCUCCUCUCUCUGGCUUUGCCCGUUUGUGCCAUCGCUGAAGUUGCCGCAGCGACUGUCGACAAGCCUUCGGUUCAGCCGGUGGCUCACACGGUCACUCAAGGUUUUGGGAAGAAGGUCCGGAUUGGGGUGCAGACCCAUCCCAGGAACUGCUUAGAACAGAGCGAUUCCAGACCGCAGUCCUCCGUCUUUCGGACUCUCCUCGAAAACCUCCCGUUUCUGGAAAGGUUGGAGCUGAUCGGCUCCAGUUUUUCCUCGGCCAUGCCGCGGAACGAGCCGGCCAUUCGGAACUCGCUGCCCCCCUGCAGCCGGGCCCAACACGUGGGAGAUGCCGAAGUGGCUGCCAUUGGCCAGCUAGCAUUCCUGCAGAGCCUCACGUUGGCUCAGUUGCCCAAUAUCCUCACGGGGUCUGGGCUAAUUAACAUUGGGGUGCAGUGCCAGCGCCUGCGGGCUCUCUCGUUGGCCAACCUGGGCCUGAUGGGGAAAGUGAUGUAUGUGUCGGCUCUCAUGGACAUGCUGAAGCAUUGCAGAUGUUUGCAAGAUCUCAGGCUGGAGCAGCCAUACUUCCAUGCCAAUGCUCAGUUCUUCCAUGCCCUGAGCUGCUGUUCCUCCCUGCAGCGUUUUUGCAUCAUCUCCCGGAGUGGGACGCUGCAGUCCGAUGCUGUGAUGUCGUUCAUGACUGCAUGCCGCGAGGUGAUCAUGUGCCACAUGUUCAUGGGGGAAUCGCUCACAGUUUGCAAAAGCCUGCAGCAGUCCCUGAUACGGAGUUUUCAGGCUGACCGACCUGCGCUGAACGUGGUUGUGUUCCCUCUCCUGCAUGAAGAUCUCACCGAGGUCAUACGAGAUGUCCCCAUGAUGCACCUGGAUGAGAUCACCUUGUUCAAAAGCCGAGUGGCUGAGGAGCCGCCCAACUUGUGGUGGUGAUGGGCAGAGCAGCCAGAUUAGGACCCCGCGGUGGGCCAGCUUUCUUCUCCUUGGCUGAGAGUCGCCGCUUUUGAGUCUCGUGGCUGUUGUUGGAAUGCCGUUCAAUUUGGGUGCUGCUCCGAGGAUCCCAUUUGGGCAAAAUUUGCCCUUGAAAAAAAUGUAUGUUUAUCAACACCACCACCACCACCACCACUUUUUUAAAAAAAAAUUCUAGCCCAUCCUUGUCCCUGCAGAACAUGGAAAUGGGUGGCAACUAGAAACCGGAACUUCUGGUUCAUUGUUACUUCCUUGCUAUUUAAUGUUUGAAUUCUUGUUUAACUUGAAGUGUGUUUAAAGGUAAGAGGGAUUUCAUUUGAAAGAAUGUACCCUUUCCUUCCUGUUCCGAGCCGCAUCAGUCCCUUGUUUGUGGAAGCAGCCGGCUUUUUCUUUUCCACUUUCUUGUGCUUCAGGGUUAUCCUUUGCUUCACUCCAGAAAUGAC